CAGGCCACAACAACCUCUGAAGCAGUGACAGCCACUGACUGCCUGCACAGAUGCACCGGAUUAGCCAUCCUUUAACUUGACGAUCAAGUAGGCUUUGAUAUUGUUACAGAGCUACUGAGUGUUGUUUCCAUGCCAGCAGUAAAGAUGUCAUGGAGGCCAGCAUACAGAAGCUCAAAGUUCCGAAAUGUGUAUGGUAAAGCCAGCAGUCGAGAGGAGUGUUAUGAGGGUGUUCCCAUCACCAGGAAUGUUCAUGAUAACCACUUCUGUGCCAUCAACCCCAAGUUCCUUGCAGUAGUCACGGAGAGUUCAGGAGGAGGAUCUUUUCUGGUCAUACCGAUUUACAAGACAGGUCGAGUAGACCCCCAUCACCCGAAGGUAUGUGGUCACCAGGGCAGCGUGUUGGACAUCAAAUGGAAUCCUUUCAGGGACAAUAUCAUUGCCUCCUGCUCAGAAGACUGCACUGUGAGGAUCUGGGAGAUUCCUGAUGGUGGCUUGAGACGUAACAUGACAGAGGCUCUGCUGGUUUUCACUGGCCACAGCAGGAAGGUGGGACUUAUAGAGUGGCAUCCCACAUGCAGUGGAAUUCUCUUCAGUGCUGGAUAUGAUGGCAAGAUCCUUCUGUGGAACUUGGAGGAGGCUAAAGUAGUGAAGAUGUUUGACAGCCAUUCGGAUGUGAUCCUCUGCAUGUCCUUCAACACAGAUGGAAGCCUGCUGGCAACCAGCUGUAAAGACAAAAAGCUGCGAAUUAUGGACGCCCGCUCCGGAAGGGUGCUACAGGAAGCAGACUGUAAGCGGCAUAGAGUUGGCAGGGUGGUGUUUCUAGGCAACACAAAACGUGUGCUAACAACUGGAGUGUCUCAGUGGAACACCAGGCAGGUAGCACUGUGGGAUCAGGAAGACCUCUCAGUGCCAAUCAGUGAGGAAGAGAUAGAUGGACUGUCUGGACUUCUCUUCCCUUUUUAUGAUGCAGACACACACAUGCUGUACCUGGCAGGCAAGGGAGAUGGGAAUAUCAGAUAUUAUGAGGUCAGUCCAGAAAAGCCUUACCUGCAGUAUCUAAUGGAGUUCAGCUCACCUGCUCCACAAAAGGGACUUGGUAUGAUGCCAAAGCGGGGAAUGGACGUGGGAGAGUGUGAAGUGUUUCGUUUCUAUAAGCUGGUGACAAUGAAGGGUCUAGUGGAGCCCAUCUCAAUGAUAGUGCCACGCAGAGCAGAGAAAUUCCAAGACGAUAUCUACCCAAUGACCGCAGGUACAGAGCCAGCACUGACUGCUGAAGAGUGGCUCAGUGGGAUCAAUAAAGGACCAAUCCUGAUAUCUCUUAAGGAGAACUAUAAGCGGCCAAACCCAGCUGGUCCUAAAUCUGCUAAGAGAGAGAGGAGAGCACUGGCAAUUAAAGGACUCGACCUGCUAGAGAAUGUCUCUUCCAAGACAGACAAUGAGUUCCUGAGGAUGUUCUACAGGCAGCAAGAUGAGCUUAAACGACUACAGAAGGAGCUCGGUGAUAAGGAUGAGAGAAUUAGACAACUGGAACUAGAACUCCACAAUCUGAAGAAUGUGACUCAUUAAACUCUAAAUUUCACACAUGAUGUACACUGUCCUACUCAAACGAUCCACAUUAACGGCAAAAGCUGCAGUUAGCAACACUUGAAAGCUGGACAUUACCUUAAUCUUAUCUUAAUUUUUAACCCUGCAGAAGACCAUUAGACUGAAGGAUAUCUAUGUGGCUUUUAAUGGCAGCAGGUCUAUUGCAGAUAUCUAUAUGAGGUCUAACAAUGAUUCUGUACCUUGCAUGUUGAUCCCAAAUUGGUAAUGCCAAAUUCUUAGAUUUUGUUUUAUUAAAAAACUGCCUUUCUUA